ACUGUUUAUUCUAUGUGACUUUUGACCGGGUUGCUUCUACCUUCAACUAUUCUGUACGAUCUUGAAAUCAUUGGGUCUGUUUUCGGGCACGAAUAUUUCCGCGCCUGCUAAUUAUGCAAUCCUAAGCAUCACCGCCGCGACGACAACUCCUGAGGCUUACGACGCAAAACAGCCAACAUGGCAGAGGAUCAGCCGACUGUAGAAGCUACAGAGCCUAUCCGUACGAAUGGAGACACAAUGAUAGACGUAUCGCUUGGACAAGAAAAGAAGGAAGCGGAGUCAAAGGACUCGUCACCAGUCGACUUGCAAGAGAUACCCCAAAUACAAGCAAUAGAUACGUCUGUGCGAUCCGAUCUCCCAUCAGCCAUAGCGACACCGGAACAACACCAGAUACAAGAACCCGAAACACCGCGGUUCGUCGAGUUUAAUAAUAUCAGCGCAGCGCGACCGAGGACCGACUCACAGUCUACAACCGCGACUACUGCCACGAGACCUUCGACCAGAAGCUCUCUCGUCUUUGUGACUACUGCGUUAGAAACGAUCGCACAAUCAAAGGAUGCAAAGAGGAAUAAGAAACUGGGGGACUCCACUCAGCAGGCCCUGACGGCAAUCAAGGAUGGUGGUGACCCGUCUAGGCUGAAUCCAGAGAUUCUGUUCUUACCUUUACAACUGGCAUCUGAAGCGACUACGUUCUCGAUUGUCAUCACUGCCCUCGAUUGCAUCGGCAAACUCAUAAGCUAUUCCUAUUUCUCGAAUCCCGCCGAACAGCCCUCGACCGAAGCCUCCGAAGGCACUCCGCUGAUCGAGCGCGCCAUUGACACAAUAUGCGAUUGCUUUCAAGGUGAAGCUACACAAGUGGAUGUGCAACUACAGAUUGUCAAGUCUUUGUUGGCUGCUAUACUGAAUGACAAGAUUGUGGUACACGGCGCCGGCUUGCUCAAGGCUGUUAGAUUGACGUACAAUAUCUUUCUCCUAAGUAAGUCCGGUGCGAACCAACAAGUCUCACAAGGUGCAUUGACUCAGAUGGUUGGUACGGUCUUUGAGAGAGUAAAGACCCGCUUGCUGAUAAAGGAAUCCCGCCUGACUUUAUCCCGCACAUCUUUGGACAAGAGUGCACCUGAUAUUGGCAAAGACUCCGACGAUGUGAACGGCAGCGUUGGAGGCGUAGAUGGCUCGCAAGCGAAUGAAGAUCAAGAGGAAGAUGGAGACGCAGAUAUGAAUGAGGACCCGAGCGAUGUACCUGUCGACAAACAUACUGGUCCCAAGAUCACACUGCAAAGCUUUGAAAACAGCAUGAAUUUCAACGACGAGAGGAUACAUGACAAUGCGCCGACGCUUGUUACAAGGGUCAAAGCACGACCAUCGCGAGCUGCUUCCGGUCAAGAGAGCGUCGUUUCUGGAGCACCACACGAUGUAGACGACGACGAGGAAGAUGAGAUCUACAUUCGUGAUGCAUAUCUGGUUUUCCGAGCGAUGUGCAGACUGAGCACCAAGCCUUUGCCUGUUGAACACGCACAAGAUAUCCGAUCGCCAAGCAUGCGGUCAAAGUUGCUUUCAUUGCACAUUAUUCACACGAUUCUCCAUAACAACAUAGCCGUUUUCAUAUCCCCCUUCGCAACGAUACAAAGCAGUAGCAGUGAUGAACCAACACCAUUCAUUCAAGCCAUCAAGCAGUAUCUCUGUUUGAGCCUAAGUCGCAAUGGCGCCAGCUCCAUCAGCCGCGUAUUCGAGGUUAGUUGUGAGAUUUUCUGGCAAAUGCUCAAGUACCUCCGCAUCAUGUUGAAGAAAGAAAUAGAGGUGUUUCUGAAGGAGAUAUACCUGGCGACUCUAGAAAAGCGCACAUCCGCUUUUUUCCAAAAACAAUACAUAUUAACCAUUUUCGGGCGUCUUGCUGAAGACCCACGAGCUCUCGUCGAGGUCUAUCUGAAUUACGAUUGCGAUAGGACUGCUCUAGACAAUAUGUAUCAAAGGGUUGUCGAGAAUCUUGCACGAGUUUCGAGCACCCCGGUACUCGUAACAGCUGCGCAACAGCAAAUAUAUCGCGAGAAGCGAACAAAACAGUCCAAUCAUGGUUCGGAUUGGCAAAGUCGAGGUCUUCUUCCCCCUUCUUUGGCUACUGCUGCAAUGCAUCCUCCACAAGAUAUCGACGAAGGCUACCCGCCGGAGUAUGCUAUGAAACAAGAGGCUCUCGAAUCUCUGGUUCAGAUUCUGCGGUCCCUUGUGAAUUGGUCUCAGGAGGCAACGACGACAUCGACUGCGGUACGCGAGAGCGAUUCUCGCAUUUCAGAAGAUUUCCGAGGGUCGGUCGACACCCGGGAAGGCAAUCUACCUUCGCCUAGUAUCGGUGGAGACGACUCUGGAGCACAAACGCCCAUGGCAGAGGAUGAUCCGAACCAAAUUGAAAGAGAAAAGCAAAGAAAGACGGCCUUGACAAAUGCCGUGAAACAAUUCAACUACAAACCCAAACGCGGUCUCAAGGCACUGCUCAAGGAUGGCUUUAUUCAAUCCAAUAGCCCACAGGACAUUGCGAAGUUCUUCAUGACACAUACCAUUGUCGAUAAGAAGGCACUUGGUGAAUUUCUUGGUGAAGGCGAUCCAGAAAACAUUGCAAUCAUGCAUGCAUUUGUCGAUUUACUGGACUUUACGAAGACACGUUUUGUGGAUGCACUUCGGCGAUUUUUACAAUGUUUCAGACUGCCAGGUGAAGCUCAGAAAAUUGACAGAUUUAUGCUCAAAUUUGCAGAACGCUAUAUCACAGGUAACCCAAACGCAUACGCGAAUGCAGACACAGCCUAUGUUCUGUCUUACUCUGUAAUCAUGCUUAAUGUUGAUCAGCACAGCAAGAAGAUGAAGGGCAAAAGGAUGACUCCAGAGGAUUUCAUUAAAAACAAUCGCGGUAUCAACGAUAAUGCAGAUCUUCCGGAAGACUAUCUGCGUGGGAUAUACGACGACAUCUCUCACAAUGAGAUAGUACUGGAAGAAGAGCAAGAAGCUGCUGCCAAUGCUGGGCAAAUUCCCCCAGCUCAAACAGGAGGCAUUGCCGCCGGUCUGGGUCUCGCAGGAGGCAGGGACCUCCAAAGGGAAGCAUACAUGCAGGCAUCUGAAGAAAUGGCCAAUAAAACCGAACAGUUGUACAAAAAUCUACUACGUGCACAACGGCGCGGCGCCGCGAGAGCACCGGUGACCAAGUUCAUCCCGGCGACAUCUUUUAAGCACGUCGGACCAAUGCUUGAAGUUACCUGGAUGCCGUUCCUUACCGCUCUCAGCGCGCAAGCACAGGAUACCAACAAUCUUGAAAUCGUCAGGCUAUGCAUGGAAGGACUGAAACUUGCCAUUCGUCUAGCUUGCGUGUUUGAUCUAGAAAAUCCUCGACAGGCUUUCGUCCAAUCUCUGUCCAAGUUUACCAAUUUGUACAACCUCAGCGAGAUGAAAGCGAAGAACGUUGAGGCAUUGAAAGUACUUCUUGAUGUUGCGCAACACGAAGGAGAUCACCUGAAAGAGUCCUGGCGAGAUAUCCUGACCUGUGUUAGCCAGCUUGACAGGUUUCAAUUGAUAUCAACUGGUGUUGAUGAAGGUGUCGUACCCGACGUGUUGAAGGCUAACGUCAACGCGCCAUCACGAAAGGCAACCCUUCAAGUGCCCCCGAAAGGUCGCGGCCGCUCGCAAGGUGGCAUUGUGUACGAAACACAUAUAGCAGAGGAGUCCCGAUCGGCAGACAUUAUUCGUAGCGUCGACCGCAUCUUUACGAACACUGCAAACCUCUCAGGAGAGGCUAUCGUACACUUCGUUCGUGCACUCACGCAAGUGAGUUGGCAAGAAAUUCAAUCCUCUGGUCAAAGCGAAUCACCUCGCACGUACAGUCUUCAGAAACUAGUUGAGAUCAGUGGCUACAACAUGACACGUGUGCGUUUCGAGUGGACGAACAUUUGGCAGAUUCUCGGGGAGCAUUUUAAUCAAGUUGGAUGUCACAACAACACUAAUGUUGUCUACUUCGCUCUGAACGCCCUGCGUCAGUUAUCUAUGCGCUUCAUGGAGAUCGAGGAACUACCCGGCUUCAAAUUCCAGAAGGACUUUCUCAAGCCGUUCGAACAUAUAAUUGCUAACUCGAACGUCGUCAUGGUCAAAGACAUGGUUCUUCGAUGCUUGAUUCAGAUGAUCCAGGCGCGAGGUCAAAAUAUACGGUCAGGGUGGAAGACGAUGUUCGGCGUAUUCACCGUGGCGGCGCAAGAACCUUACGAGGGAAUUGUUAAUCUUGCAUUUGACAACGUUACACAAGUUUACAACAGCAGUUUUGGUGUUGUAAUCUCACAGGGCGCCUUUGCAGAUCUGAUAGUGUGCCUGACACAGUUCUCCAAAAACCAUAAGUUUCAGAAGAAAUCACUGUCUGCAAUAGAGACGCUCAAGUCUGCCAUUCCGAAAAUGCUCCGGACGCCGGAGUGUCCUCUUUCUCAUAAGUCGGGGCUCAAGAAGGAAGCGGAGCAAGCAACGGCAUUGCCAAAACAGCCAAGUCGGCAGACCCAGGAAGAAGAGUUCUGGUUUCCCGUUCUCUUCGCUUUCCAUGACGUUUUGAUGACGGGUGAAGACCUGGAGGUUCGAUCCAGGGCUCUGUCUUAUCUUUUCGAGACUCUCAUAAGAUAUGGUGGUAACUUCCCGCAAGACUUCUGGGAUACCCUUUGGCGUCAGCUACUUUAUCCCAUCUUUAUGGUGUUGAAGUCAAAGUCGGAAAUGUCCAAGGUUUUGAAUCACGAAGAACUGUCGGUAUGGCUUUCUACAACUAUGAUACAAGCACUUCGGCAUAUGAUCAACUUGUUCACGCACUUUUUCGAAUCACUCGAGUAUAUGCUCGAUCGUUUCCUCGACCUGCUUACACUUUGCAUCUGCCAAGAAAACGACACCCUUGCGAGAAUCGGUAGCAACUGCCUUCAGCAAUUAGUACUGCAGAAUGUUGACAAAUUUGACCCGAGUCACUGGAACCAGAUUGUGUCUGCAUUUGUAGAGCUCUUCGACCGUACCGAGGCGACCGCUCUCUUCUCUGCGGUAACUUCAUCGUAUGCGCCACCUCAAACAAUAGUCAACGGUACAAACAAGACCCCGACAUUCAAGACACCAGAUGAACAGUCGCUAUCUGGGCUUAGUUUAGGCGAAAUUCCUGCUGACGAGAAGACGCUUCCGCAAUCCGAAAAUCCUCUUGGAAUAAAUGGUCUAUCAUUACCUCGGCGGGGAUCUAGUGUGUCGAAAGAGGAGGUUCCUUCACAGGCUGCUGGCGGAGACCCUGCAAGCAAGUCGACCACUGAACUCGAAGAUUAUCGCCCAGAAAGCGAAUUACAACAAGCGCCGGUCGUCGUUACAGCUGCUCGUCGAAGAUACUUUAACCAAAUCAUUACGAAAUGCGUGUUGCAGCUCUUGAUGAUAGAAACUGUUCAAGAGCUGUUCACCAACGAUACGGUAUAUCAGCGGAUCCCAUCAACGGAGUUAUUGCAGCUGAUGCAAGUGCUCAAAAAGAGUUUCUUCUUUGCGAAAAAGUUUAAUGCAGAUCGAGAACUACGCACUCGAUUAUUUAAAGAAGGAUUCAUGAAGCAGCCGCCCAAUCUACUCAAGCAAGAGUCUGGUUCUGCUGCCGUCUACGUCAGCAUAUUAUUGCGCAUGUACCACGAUACAUCAACAGAACGUGCCGCCAACCGCGUGCAGACGGAGUCAGCCUUGGUUCCACUGUGCGAAGACAUCGUACAGUCCUACAUUGAACUCGAUGAGGAGACACAACAACGCAACAUCCUCACCUGGCGCCCAGUGGUUGUCAACGUUUUAGAGGGGUUCCUAGGCUUUGCUGAAGAUGAGUUCAAGAAGUUCACACCAAUGUUCACCGAGAUUGUGGUAGGCCUACUAGGUACGGGAAUGGCGCCUGAAGUGCAGAAGGCUGUACAGGCGCUCACAGCACGCUGUUUCGAAGGUCUGGGAGUGAAGAGCGACUGGGGGUCGUUGGCAGAACGAGGCUCUAUCAGUCCCAGGACUGGGACGAGCCCAAAUCGCCCAAGAAGGACCAGCCGCAAUAAGUGAGUAAUAUCUUAAGUGUAAUCUUACUAUGAGAUCGCAAAAGCAGUGGCGUUUGGGGCGAAGGAUGACUUCGGUGAAGAUCAUCCUAAGAUUCGUGAGCGUGUAUAUCGUAUAGAAGCAUAGUUACAUAGCUUGCAUAAGCUUUUGAUCAGUACAAUAGUAUCAUAAAGAGGAUAAGACCUAGCUGAGUUCUAGAUAUGGUUAAUGUCACUGCUCAAGUCACCAGGUUUGCUGGCGGAAGUGGAC